AUGGCACACCGGAGGGAGCGGGGUUGGGGGGGGGGGCAGGAAAGGGUGGGCUCUUCCUGUUUGGGGAGCUCCCUAGACAGCGUCUGCCCUCAGCGCUCUCAUGCCUGCUGGCUGCCAAACACCACACUGUGGGUCAAUGCCAGCGUGGUGGUGGGCGCCCCCAAGGCCAACACCAGGCAGAGCGGCAUUGUGGAGGGCGGAUCGGUCGCUUACUGCCCGUGGAGCCUCGGCCAAUCAGAUUGUCACGCCAUCGAGUUUGACGUGGAAGGGGAUCGCAACUUCCUGAUCAACGAUACGCAGCACCAGAUCGACUUCAAGUCCCACCAGUGGUUCGGCGCCACCGUGCGUUCCCACGGCGACACCAUUCUGGCCUGCGCGCCGCUCUACUCGUGGCGGACGGAGAAGGACGUGGCGCGAUCGGACGCUACCGGCACUUGCUACCUCUCCGUGCAGAACUUCACCAAGUUUGUGGAGUACGCCCCCUGCAGAACAGAAAUCAGCGAUGAGGGAGGUCAAGGCUACUGCCAAGGAGGAUUCAGUGCCGACUUCACCACGGACGGCCGGGUGGUGCUGGGCGGGCCGGGCAGCUACUUCUGGCAAGGUCAGGUGAUCUCUGCGGACAAGGAGGACAUUAUCAAGACCUACUACCCCGGGUACUUCAUGCAGUCCGUGGACGGUCAGAUCCAGACCAAGCAAGUCCAGGCUCAACACGACGACAGCUACCAAGGAUACUCCGUGGCUGUGGGCGACUUCACCGGGGAUCAAGUAGAAGACUUUGUGGCCGGCGUUCCGAAAGGAGUCAUGCUUUACGGACUGGUGUCCGUCUUGAACGGGACGGACUUGAAAACCAUGAUUAACUACACCGGCGAGCAGAUGGGAUCCUAUUUCGGCUACGCGGUGGCGACCACCGACGUCAACGGCGACGGGAUGGUGGACCUGCUGGUGGGCGCCCCCAUGUUCAUGACGCGGGGGUCCGACGGCCGCCUGGAAGAAAUGGGACGCGUCUACGUCUACCUGCAGCGCGGGCCCCUGAGGCUGGAGCUCAGCCUGCCUCACCUGACCGGCGCUCAGGUGUUUGGGAGAUUUGGCAGCACCGUGGCGCCGCUGGGAGAUCUCAACCAGGAUGGCUUCAACGACGUGGCGGUCAGCUGUCCAUUCGGCGGUGAGGACCAGCAGGGUUUGGUCUACAUCUACAACGGCUUCCCCCACGGUCUCCGAGAGAAGCCGUCCCAGGUGAUCGUGGGCCAGUGGGCCGCUGGUUCAAUCCCCGCCAGUUUCGGCUUCGCACUCCGAGGCGCCGAGGACCUGGACAGGAACGGUUAUCCGGAUCUGAUCGUUGGUGCCUUCGGCGUUGAUAAGGCGGUUCUCUACAGGUCGCGACCCAUCGUCAACACCAGCGCCUCGCUGUCGGUCUACCCCGCCAUGAUCAACCCGGAGGAGAAGAACUGCAUCAGCACCCAAGGGAACGCCACCGUGGUCGUCUCCUGCGUCAACCUGAGCUUCUGCUUGUCGGCCAACGGGAAGCACCUACCAGACGUCCUCGACUUCCAGGUGGAGUUGCAGCUGGACAGUCAGAAGCUGAAACAGAAAGGAGCGGUCAGGCGGGCGCUUUUCCUGGACUCCCAGCAGCCUUUGCUGCGGCAGAGCGUGAGGGUGCGCAACGGCGAGGAAGUCUGCGACCACACCAAGAUCUACCUCCGAGAUGAGAAGGACUUCAGGGAUAAGCUCUCCUCCAUCUUUGUGGCCCUGAACUUCAGCCUGGAUCCCGGGGCCGCCGCCGACUUGCACGGCCUGAGGCCAAUUCUCAACCAGCGCGACGCUAACGUGAUCGAGCAGAAGGCUCAGAUUCUGCUGGACUGCGGCGAAGACAACAUCUGCGUUCCCGAUCUGAAGCUGGCCGUCCACGGGGACAGGAAGGAAGUGUACCUGGGCGACGACAACGCCCUCACCCUCACCUUCAACGCCAGGAACGAGGGCGAGGGCGGCGCGUACGAGGCGGAGCUCUACGUGGUGCUGCCGCCCGAGGCCGACUACAGCGGCAUCGCCCGCAAUAACGAGAGUUUGACCCAGCUGACCUGCACUUACGACACGGAGAACCAGACCCGGUACCUCAGCUGCGACCUGGGAAACCCCAUGAAGUCUGGAACCAGCCUGUGGGCCGGUCUUCGCUUCACGGUUCCGCGCCUGAAGGACACGCACACAACGGUCCAGUUUGAGCUGCAGAUCCGCAGCAAGAACCAGGACAACUCCCACAGCGAGGCCGUGUCCCACAAGCUGGAGGUGGUCGUCCAGGCUGAGGUCAUCCUGCAAGGGGUGUCUCGGCCAGAUAAGAUCUUCUUCCCGCCCGCCAACUGGAAGGUGACCAAGAACUACGGCGUGGAGCAGGAAGUGGGGCCGGCCGUGGAACACAUCUAUGAGCUGGUGAACAACGGGCCAAGCGGCAUCAGCCACACCCUACUGGAGCUGCGCUGCCCCCUGGCCGCCCAGGGCCACACCCUGCUCUACCCCCUGGAGUUCUCCACCGAGGGCCCCAUCAACUGCAGCGCCGACGGAAACCUGAAUCGCCUCGGACUCAAACUGCAGCACACGCCGACAGAACCGCCUCACCUGGCUCUCCAGGCCCCCGGGCACCGCGUGGAGAGGAGGGACGUCGGCAGGGGCCCCGCACUCGCUCAACUAACCAACUUGUCCUGUUCCAAUGUGGACUGCUGGGCCCUGCAGUGCCAGGUGGGGCUCCUGGAGAAAGGGACCACCGCCAUCCUCAAAGUGCGCUCUCGCGUCUGGGCCGAGACCUUCAUGGAGAGGGCCUACAAGCAGUACGUGCUGGAGUGCGUCGCCAGGUACUCCGUGAAGACCAUGCCUUACGUCAUCCUGCCCAAACACCUGCCCAGUGGACACAAAAAGGUGGUGAGUCCAGUGGUGUGGAACAAGCCAGAAGUGGAGACGUCGGUGCCGCUGUGGAUCAUCAUCCUGGCCAUCUUGGCUGGUCUGUUGCUGCUGGCUCUGCUCAUCUACAUCCUCUACAAGUUGGGUUUCUUCAAGCGCUCCCUCCCGUACGGCACCGCCAUGGAGAAAGCUCAGCUCAAACCUCAGGCUGCCUCCGAGGCCUGAGAGGAACCAGCAGAACCACCAGGACAGAACCUAAAGAACUUACGGAACCAACAGAACCUAGAGAACCAACAAAACUAUAUAAAUUACAGAAACUACAGGACUAGCAGAACCAACAGAACCUAGAGAACCAACAAAACUAUAACUACAGGACUCACAGAACCUAGAGAACCAACAAAACUAUAUAACUUACAGAAACUACAGGACUAGCAGAACCAACAGAACCUAGAGAACCAACAAAACUAUAUAACUACAGGACUCACAGAACCUAGAGAACCAACAAAACUAUAUAACUUACAGAAACUACAGGACUAGCAGAACCUAGAGAACCAACAAAACUAUAUAACUACAGGACUCACAGAACCUAGAGAACCAACAAAACUAUAUAACUUACAGAAACUACAGGACUAGCAGAACCAACAGAACCUAGAGAACCAACAAAACUAUAUAACUACAGGACUCACAGAACCUAGAGAACCAACAAAACCUACAUAACUUACCAAACCUACACAAUUUACAGAACGUAGAGAACUAACAAAACCUACAGGAUUUACAGAACCUAAAGAACCAACAAAACCUACAUAACCUACAGGAUUUACAGAACCUAGAGAACCAACAAAACCUACAUAACUUACAGAACCAACCAAACCUACACAAUUUACAGAACGUAGAGAACUAACAAACCCCACAUAACCAUCAAAACCUACAGGAUUUACAGAACCUAUCAAACCAACAGAACCCAGCGAACCAACAAAACCUACAUAACUUACAAAACCUACAGAACCAACCAAACCUACACAAUUUACAGAACGUAGAGAACUAACAAAACCCACAUAACCAUCAAAACCUACAGGAUUGACAAAACCUAUAGAACCAACAGAACCUAGAGAACCAACAAAACCUACAUAACUUACAAAACCUACAGAACCAACCAAACCUACACAAUUUACAGAACGUAGAGAACUAACAAAACCCACAUAACCAUCAAAACCUACAGGAUUUACAGAACCUAUAGAACCAACAUAACCUACAUGAUUUACAGAACCUACAGAACCUAGAGAACCAACAUAACUGACAGAACCUAUAGGAUUUACGUAAUCUACAGGAUUUACAGAACCAACAGAAUUUAGAGAACCAACUAAACCUAUGUAAUUUACAGAACCUAUUGGAUUUACAUAACCCAAUCCACAUAAUUUACAGAACUAACACGAUUUAAUAGAUCCAACAGGACGUACAGAACCAAAAAAACAGAACCUGCAUAACUUACAGAGCCAACAGGCUUUGACAGAACCAACAGGACUUACAGAACCAACAAAACAGAACCUAACUAACUUACUUACCAACAGAGUUUGACAGAACCAACAUAAUGUACAGAACUUACAAAAAAGAACAUAGGUAACUUACAGAACCAACAGAGUUUGACAGAACCAACAUAAUGUACAGAACUAACAAAACACAACAUAGGUAGUAACUUACAGAACCAACAGGACUUUGCAGAGCUUACUAAACCAAAGAAACCAACAUAACUGACAGAACCAACAUAACAUACAGAACCUACAGAACCAACAAAACACAACCGAUAGGACUUGCAUAACCAAUCGGGCUUACAAACUUACAGAACCAACAGGACUUUCAGUACCAACAUAACUAAAAUAACUAACAGGGUUUACAUCCCGCAAAAGAACCAAAAUAACCAGCGUGACUUACAGAAUCAACAAUACUUUACGGAACCAACCGGGUUUACAGAAUCAGAAGGACCAACAGUACUUUACAGAACCAACAGGGUCUACAGAAUCAGAAUAACCAGCAUGACUUACAGAACCAACAGUACUUUACAGAACCAACCGGGUUUACAGAAUCAGAAGAACCAACAGGACUUUACAGAACUAACAGGAUCUACAGAAUCAGAAGAACCAACAUGACUUACAGAACCAACAAUACUUUACAGAAUCAAAAGAACCAACAGUUUACAGAAUCAUCAAUACUUUACAGAAUCAAAAGAACCAACAGGGUUUACAGAAUCAUAAGAACCAACAGAGCUUACAGAACCAUCAAUACUUUACAGAACCAACAUGGUUUACAGAGUCAGAAGAAUCAACAGAACUUACAGAACCAAAAGUACU